ACUGUUACAGGUCAUUUUUGAGGAGCCGGUGCUCAAAAAUGUUAUAAAUUGAACACGGACAUAAAAGAAAAAGGCAUUUCGCUCUUGGCUUUUCGAUGAACAAAUAUCUCUGAUUCCAGAAAAAUUUUAUUCUGCUGCAUAAAGAAUCGUUUCGAGAAUGGUGUUGUUUCCGAAAAAAGGGAAGAAAAUUCCACGACAAAUACCAAAGCCGACUGGACCAUAUAAUGUUGGUUGUACAGAUAUAAUGACUGGCUAUUCUGCUGAUGGAGUGUUUUUGAGACUUUUUUAUCCUGCUUCGCCAACAAAAAAUCCCAGAUCUCCAGAAUGGUUACCUCAUGAAAGUUAUUUGACAGGCUAUGGCAUGUUCUUCAAAAUGUGGCCGCCUCUUUUCUGCAAGUCUUACCCGAAAUUUGUAGGUGACAUCUACACUCCAGCGGCGUGGGAUGCCGCACCUCUACGAAUACCGGGUCACCGUUUUCCAGUCAUCAUCUUUUCUCACGGCCUCGGUGGUUGCAGGACGACUUACACAACUUUCUGCUUGGAGUUCGCUUCGCAUGGCUUUAUAGUGGCAGCACUGGAACACAGAGAUUAUUCGGCUUGUAUGUCGUUCUAUUUUGAAUGCCAAGAAACACCUACAUCGGAAUCUGGAGUACAAGAUGCAUCGAAACAGUUGGAGAAGAAAUGGAUGCUUUUCAAAAAAGUAAAAAGCGGGAAAGGAGAAUACGCCAUCAGAAAUCAACAGGUCCAUAGACGAGCAAAAGAAUGCAUUGAUGCAUUAGACUUGCUUAGUGCGCUUCAUGAUGGCAAACAGAUAGAAAACGUCAUAGAUACUUCACAUUUAUCAUUAAGUUCCUUACAAAAUUUGUUAGACCUCGAAAAAGUGUCCAUUGCAGGACAUUCCUUUGGAGGAGCAACAGUCGUUACUACCAUGGCCAAAGACAAACGAUUUAAGGUAGGUCUUGGACUUGACACUUGGAUGCUACCACUUAGAGAAGAAACAUCCAUUUUUCAGAAAGUAAAUCAACCGAUGCUGUUCAUCAACAUGGAGAAAUUUCAAACCAAAGAAAAUCUGAGGGUCAUGAAAAAGAUGGAGUCAUCUGAAAUUCACCGACUGAUCAUCACACUUAAGGGAACUGUUCAUCUGAAUCAAACCGAUGUUCCUUUCUUAUGUGAUAAAACAAUGAGAAAGCUAUUUGGUGCUCAUUCAAAAUUGGACCGCUUUACAGCAAUGAAUCUUACCACAAGGCUUUCAAAUGUUUUUCUUAGUAAGCAUUUAGAAACGCCAUCUAAUGCUAAACAUGCCGAUUUCAUACAGCAGUUUCGUGGUGUUUUGAAAGAAGGUAUCACAUGUGUUUAAAACGUAGCAUGAAAGACUUAAAAAAUUAGAAUUUUACUUCAGACUAGAUGAAUAUUUUUUAAGUAUUGUUAAAGAAACAAUGGGUUAAAAAAAUUUAGUACAAAUUAUUAAUGCUAAAAAUAUUUUAUUGUUAACAAUUAUUA